AUGGAAUUGUUAGACGUGCUCUUUGAGCAGAUGCUGUUCCUAGGUGGUGGAGGUGGGCAGGGGAAAGAACAGUGCAGAGAAGAGUGGGGGAAGCAAGUGGUUGGGGAUUCCUGCUUGAGAAGUGUGCCUGGGGCCUUUGGCGAGGCUGGGAGUGAGGAACCUCCCGCUACAGGUUCUGGGACCAGCUGGGGAGUCCCCAGAAGCCAAAAGGAGCAGGAAGAGCUGAGACUAGUUGAAGUGGACCUCGGGGACAGCAUCAUUGAGGACCCAGAGCUAGAAGUGAUCAAAACUUCAGGAGUCGGGGAGAUAGAGGAAGAGGAUGAGAAGUUAAAGGAGCUACAAAAUGAGGUAGAGAAGCAGAUGAAGAAGAGAACAACCCCAGGCAACGCUGGCUCAGUGAUCACGUCUCUAGAGAAGAUGGAGGCUGAUGCCAGUUCCAUCUGUGUUGGCAAUGUGGACUAUGGUGCAACAGCAGAAGAGCUGCAAGCUCACUUUCAUAGCUGUGUUUCAGUCGAUCGUGUUACUACAGUCUGUGGCCAAUUCAGUGGCCUUGCCAAAGGGUUUGCAUAUAUAGAAUUCUUAGACAAAGAGUCAGUGAGGACUUCCCUGGCUUUAGAUGAUUCCCUGUUUAGAGGAAGACAGAUCAAGAUGAUUCCCAUCACCACAACACACAGGGGUUUCCCAUGUAUCCAAUACCAUGCCCAGGCUACCAAUUACAUCUCCCUGUCUCGACUCUACAGUGGUUUUAACAGCAGGCCCUGGGAUCAAGUCUACAGGGGCCAGGCUAGAGUGACAUCAUGGCAUUCCCCUUACUAA